GGGGACGUGGGUCUGUAAACGAAGCAGUAGGAAGUUUCUGCUGGGGUUUGGUGCUGAGUUUGGAAUUACACACACCCAGAAACAUUGUAUGUCCGGACGCUAAAGCGAGUUCCUUUUUUUUACCCCAAAGAGUCUACAUGUCUAAUAUUUAGACAUGUUCAGCUUUGUGGAUACUCGGACUUUGCUGUUGCUGGCGGCAACGUUAAUAUUGGGACAGUGUCAAGGAGAGGAUGAUGCUGAAGUUGGGAGCUGUGUAAAGGAUGGACAAAGGUACAACGAUAAAGAUGUCUGGAAACCAGAACCAUGUCAGAUCUGUGUCUGUGACAGUGGUCAAAUCCUCUGUGAUGACAUAAUCUGUGAGGAAACUAAUGAUUGCCCCAACGCUGAAAUCCCCUUCGGAGAAUGUUGCCCUAUCUGUCUCGGGGACCCUACAGGCGGAGAUCAAUACCCCGUUGGCCCUGAAGUACAGGGUCCUCCAGGUCCCAAGGGAGAUCGUGGUGCAAAGGGUGAUUCAGGUCUUCAAGGUCCACGAGGAAGAGAUGGAAUCCCAGGCCAACCUGGUCAGCCAGGGUCCCCUGGUCAGCCCGGUCCCCCAGGCCCACCUGGCCUUGGCGGAAACUUCGCUUCUCAAAUGUCUGGCGGCUACGACGAGAAAACAUCUGGUGGCAUCCCCAUGCCUGGACCUAUGGGCCCAAUGGGACCCCGAGGACCUCCCGGCCCAUCUGGACCAUCUGGCCCCCAAGGAUUCCAAGGACACCAAGGAGAGCCUGGCGAGCCUGGUGCAACCGGUCCAAUGGGUCCACGUGGUCCUCCAGGACCUUCCGGAAAGAAUGGUGAUGACGGUGAUCCCGGCAAACCUGGUCGCCCUGGUGAGCGUGGAGCCCCUGGACCCCAGGGUGCACGUGGCUUCCCUGGAACUCCUGGACUUCCUGGCACCAAGGGACACAGAGGCUACAAUGGUUUGGAUGGCGCAAAGGGUGAAUCUGGUCCUGCUGGCCCCAAGGGUGAGACUGGUGCCUCAGGUGAAAAUGGUGUUCCUGGUGCAAUGGGUGCUCGUGGUCUUUCCGGUGAGAGAGGGCGCUCUGGACCGCCAGGACCCACUGGCGCUCGUGGUAAUGAUGGUGCUCCUGGUAGUGCUGGCCCUCCCGGCCCUGUUGGACCUGCUGGUGCUCCUGGUUUCCCCGGUGCUCCAGGUGCAAAGGGUGAAAUCGGUGCUAGCGGAAGCCGUGGUGCUGAAGGAGCCACAGGAGGUCGUGGUGAAAUUGGCACCCCUGGCCCCGCUGGCCCAGCUGGUGCUCCUGGCGCUGCUGGAUCCGACGGCCAACCUGGUGGAAAGGGAUCAACUGGCGCUCCCGGAAUUGCUGGUGCUCCCGGCUUCCCCGGCCCACGUGGACCCGCUGGUGCUCAAGGUGCUGGAGGUGCUCCUGGACCCAAAGGCAAUACUGGCGAACCUGGUGCUCCUGGAGCCAAGGGUGAACAUGGCGUGAAAGGUGAAGCUGGUCCUGUUGGCCUUCAAGGUCUGCCUGGCCCAGCUGGUGAAGAAGGCAAGCGAGGUGCUCGUGGUGAACCUGGUAUUCAAGGUCUGGCUGGUGCCCCUGGUGAACGUGGUGGCCCUGGAAGCCGUGGUUUCCCUGGUUCUGAUGGUCUGCCUGGUCCUAAGGGUCAGCUUGGUGAGCGCGGUGGAGUUGGUGCUGUCGGUCCCAAAGGUGCAACUGGUGAACCUGGCCGACCCGGUGAGGCUGGGCUUCCUGGCCCAAGAGGUCUGACUGGUAGCCCUGGAAGCCCUGGUCCUGACGGAAAGGCUGGCGCAACUGGUCCUCCUGGUCAAGAUGGUCGUGCUGGUGCACCAGGAGGUGUUGGUGCCAGAGGUCAACCUGGCGUCAUGGGAUUCCCUGGUGGUAAGGGCGCUGCUGGCGAGCCUGGCAAACCUGGUGAGAAGGGAGUUGCUGGACUUACUGGUGGAGUGGGUCCUGCUGGCAAAGAUGGUGAAGUUGGUGCCCCUGGAUCUCCCGGCCCAGCUGGUCCUGCUGGAGACAAAGGUGAACAAGGUCUUCCAGGACCUGUUGGCUUCCAGGGCCUUCCCGGGCCUCCAGGUGCUUCUGGUGAAGCUGGCAAACCCGGUGAACAGGGUGUCCCCGGUGAUGUAGGUGCUCCAGGUGUUGCUGGUGGAAGAGGUGAAAGAGGUCUCUCAGGUGAACGUGGUGCUACUGGCCCCAUGGGUUCUCCAGGUGCUCGCGGUUCACCAGGCGCUGCUGGUAAUGAUGGUGCCAAGGGAGACCCUGGUGCAGUUGGUUCCCCUGGUGUCCAAGGACCCCCUGGCCUCCAAGGCAUGCCUGGUGAACGUGGUGCUUCUGGCCUUCCUGGUAUCAGGGGAGAGAGAGGUGAUGGAGGUCCAAAGGGAGCUGACGGUGCCCCUGGCAAGGAUGGAAUCCGUGGUCUCACUGGUCCAAUUGGUCAACCUGGUCCUCCUGGUACAUCUGGUGACAAGGGUGAAGCAGGUCCUCCUGGCCCAGCUGGUCCCAGUGGUGCUCGUGGUGCUGCAGGUGAGCGUGGUGAUCCCGGUGGUGCCGGACCUGCUGGAUUUGCUGGUCCUCCUGGUAUUGAUGGUCAGCCUGGUGCUAAGGGAGAGGCUGGUGAUCCAGGUGCAAAGGGUGAUCCUGGUCCCUCCGGGCCAUCUGGUCCAACUGGAAGCCCUGGUCCUUCUGGCCCGGUCGGUGCCCCCGGAUCUAAAGGCAGUCGCGGUGCCCCAGGCCCACCUGGUGCAACUGGCUUCCCUGGUGCUACUGGACGAGUCGGUCCUGCUGGCCCCUCUGGAAACACUGGCCCUGCCGGCCCAGUUGGUGCUCCCGGAAAAGAUGGUCCUAAAGGAGUUCGCGGAGAGUCUGGUGCUGUUGGUCGUUCAGGAGAACCCGGACCUGCUGGCCCCCCAGGACCAUCUGGCGAGAAAGGAUCCACUGGUGCUGAUGGUCCUCCUGGCCCCGCUGGUCUCUCUGGAGCUCAGGGUCUUGCUGGACAACGUGGUAUUGUUGGUAUCCCAGGAAUCAAAGGUGAACGUGGUUUCAGUGGUCUGCCUGGCCCAUCAGGUGAACCUGGAAAGCAAGGUCCAGUUGGUGGACCUGGAGAUCGUGGUCCUCCCGGGCCAAUGGGUCCCCCUGGUUUGUCUGGCCCACCUGGCGAAGCUGGUCGUGAAGGCUCUCCUGGAGCUGAAGGUGCUCCGGGUCGGGAUGGUGCUGCAGGUUCUAAGGGUGACCGCGGUGAAACCGGCAUGUCUGGCCUUCCCGGUGCCCCUGGCGCUCCUGGUGCUCCUGGCCCAGUAGGCCCUGCUGGCAAGAAUGGUGAACGUGGUGAGACCGGUCCCGCAGGCCCUCAGGGCCCCGCUGGUCCAAUGGGAGCCCGUGGAAGCACAGGUGUCGCAGGUCCUCGUGGUGACAAGGGUGAAACUGGUGAGUCUGGCGAGAGAGGAAUAAAGGGUCACCGAGGAUUCCCUGGUUUGCAGGGUAGCCGUGGGCCACCCGGUCCUCAUGGUGAACAAGGUCCCGCUGGAUCUUCAGGUGCUGCUGGAGCAAGAGGUCCCUCUGGUCCAGCUGGUACUUCUGGUAAAGAUGGUCCUAGUGGUUUGCCCGGUCCCAUUGGACCUCCAGGUCCUCGUGGUCGCACUGGUGAAGUUGGCCCAGCUGGUCCACCUGGACCCCCAGGUCCCGCUGGUGCCCCCGGCGCUCCGGGCGGAGGCUAUGAAUUUGGUUUUGGAAGCUCAUCCCAGCAAGAGAAGGCCCAAGAUCCCCUGCGCUACUUCAGAGCAGACGACGCCGGUGUUGUCAGAGAUCGCCACGCCGAGGUCGAGACCACGCUGAAAUCCCUGACCAAGCAGAUCGACAACAUCCGUAGCCCUGAGGGAACCAGGAAGAACCCAGCCCGUACCUGCCGCGACUUGAAGAUGUGCCACCCAGAAUGGAAGAGCGGAGACUACUGGAUCGAUCCUAACCAAGGCUGUUCUCUGGAUGCUAUCCGCGUGUACUGUAACUUGGAAACUGGUGAGACCUGUGUCUACUCAAGCCCACAGUCCAUCCCACAAAAGAACUGGUACACAAGCAAGAAUCCCAAGGAAAAGAAGCACAUCUGGUUCGGCGAGAGCAUGAACGGUGGCUUCCAGUUUGGCUAUGGUGCUGAUGAUGGUGUACUUGCUAGCGACGUUGCCAUCCAAAUGACCUUCCUGCGCUUGAUGUCCUCCGAGGCAACCCAAAAUGUCACAUACCACUGCAAGAACAGCAUCGCCUACAUGGAUGAGGAAGCAGGCAACCUGAAGAAGGCUGUGCUUCUCCAGGGCUCCAACGAAAUUGAAAUCAGAGCAGAAGGCAACAGUCGAUUUACAUACAGCGUCAGCGAGGAUGGUUGCACGCGACACACUGGUGAAUGGGGCAGGACAGUCAUUGAAUACAAAACAAUGAAAACAUCACGACUGCCAAUUAUUGACAUUGCACCUAUGGAUGUUGGUGGCGCGGAUCAGGAAUUUGGCGUUGAAAUCGGCCCAGUCUGCUUCUUGUAAAAUGGACUUGAAAUUUACUUGCAGUCAUCUCUAAACUUUUUAAUGCAUUGAGUUCUAAUUCAUUCAACAGCAAUGGUCCACUUGCUUAAACUUCGGGCCUCAAGACGGGCAGGAGAACAACAAGGACACUUUUUUAAUGUUCUCUGUUUCUAUGGCAACACGAAAAAAUAGUACUUGUCGGUGUUAAAACUCUUUACCCCCACCUGUCCCUCCACACAUUCCCCCCACUCUACCCUCCAUCCCUCUAUCCCACCCACCCACAUUCCCUUCCCCCCCUUCACCCCACCCACCCUCCCAGAGUUAAGAGAUCACUGCAGGUUACAUUUGCCAUAUACCACUGCAGAGGAAAAAAAGAUUGUAUUGUACCGUUUUUCAGGUGGCAAAAAAAUAAAUUUUAAAAAAUGUU